AUGAAUAGUGUUCGCCGGUUUCAUUCGUCUGUAGCACGUACGCUAUUUUCAUCCGAUUCUCCCUCAUCCACUUUCAAUAAUUCUCGCACCGAGGAUUUUCCCAUUUUAAAUCGUCAUUUGUCAUCGUAUCAACGGUUUGAUUUAUCUGGUCAACAGCAAGAUUUUACAGCAUCUGUCAAUGCAAAUAUUAGUGACAAUCAAACUACUGAUAUAGUUGAAAUACAUACUUCUGGAGGAGGCGGAACAAUGACGCCAACAUCCGAUUCAAAACGAACAUUACGUACAGUGCCGGGUGUAUUUUGUCCAAUAGCUUUGUCUAUGUUUUCUAUUGUACUAUUUAUGCGACUUGGAUUUGUUAUUGGUCAUGCUGGUGUUUUACAAACGUUGCUACAAUUUGGACUAUGCUUUGUUAUAUUGUUUGCCACAUUAUUGAGUGUUUGUGCAAUAGCGACCAAUGGUGCCAUUGAAGGCGGAGGAAUUUAUUAUAUGAUUAGUCGAGCAUUAGGACCAGAAUUCGGUGGAGCUAUUGGAGUUUUAUUCUUUUUUGCGAAUGUAAUUGGCAAUGGACAAUGUGUGGCAGCAUUAGUCGAAGCAUUAUUAGUUAAUUUUGGACCAGGAAGACCUGUAGCAGUUUCAAUACCAAAAGUAAAUACUUACUUUUACAGUCAUUUACUACCAAAUCAAAGUACAGAAGCCACUUAUACGGGAUUCAGUUCAGCAACAAUGAAGGAGAAUACAUAUUCAAAUUAUACAAUUGAUUAUACAACCGGAGAAAUGAUGAAUUUUGCUACUGUGUUUGGAGUGUUAUUUAGUAGCAUAACUGGACUGUUAGCAGGAGCUAAUAUGUCGGGUGAAUUAAAACGACCAAGUCGAAGUAUACCAAUCGGAUCAGUAACGGCAUUAUUAUUUGUAUUUUUUAUUUACAUUACAGAAACAUUACUAAUUGCUGGAACAACAUCACGUGAGGCGUUAUUAAAUAAUUAUUUAUUUUUACAAGAUAUCAAUAUUUGGCAACCAUUCGUGGUUAUUGGUAUCAUUGCAUCUGUCUUCUCGGCUUGUCUAUCGGGUCUCAUUGGAGCAUCAAGAAUAUUAGAAGCAUUGGCUAUCGAUGAAAUAUUUGGUCCAGUGUUGCGUUGGAUUCGUGCUGGUACAACACGUGGUGGUAAUCCUUGGGCUGCCGUAAUACCCUCAUUCAGAUAUUUUUCCUGGCAUACUGCUAUAUUGGGAACUGUUGGUUCCAUUAUUAUGUGUUUUAUUGUUUCACCAUCAUUUGCAUCAAUUGCUAUUGGAAUAUUAAUUGGUCUUAUUGCUAUGCUACAUUUGCGAGAUUUUCCACGAGCAUCAUGGGGUUCGAUUAGUCAAGCAUUAAUAUUUCAUCAAGUUCGAAAAUAUUUGUUGUUACUUGAUCCACGCAAAGAACAUGUUAAAUUUUGGCGUCCACAAAUGUUGCUGCUCGUAUCGAAUCCUCGUUCAGCUAUCAAUCUCAUUGAUUUUGUCAAUGAUAUGAAAAAAGGUGGUUUGUAUAUUUUGGGUCAUGUGAAAAUUGGCGGUUAUAGUGAAGAUACUGGUGAUGCAUGUACAAAAGAAUAUCCAUUCUGGUUAACUCUGAUUGACAAUAUGAAAAUAAAAGCUUUCGUUGAUAUGACAUUGUCAUCGUCAAUUCGAGAAGGUGUUUUACAAUUAAUCAGACUAUCCGGACUAGGUGGUCUACGUCCAAAUACGGUUAUACUUGGUUUCUAUGAUAAUAUUGUACCCGAAGAUAAAUUACGUAGUCGGAUGUUUUCACGAAAACGAUGGAAAAAAUAUGGUACACCUAUUGGAAUUGGAGCAUCUACAACUACUCAACAGGGUCAGCCAAGUGUAACAAGUGCAAGUACAUUAACAUUACAUUCAGUGAAUAGUGCAACAGUGAUGAAUGGUGCAGAGAUGUAUCCGAUUUUCAAUUUUGAAGAACUUCGUCAAGAAAAUGAGGAUAAAGAAUUAGAUUUACAUUCAUACGUACAGAUCAUAAAGGAUGCCUUAUAUUUGAAGAAAAGUGUGUGUCUGGCAAGAAAUUUUCACCGAUUACAAAAAGAGGAUAUUGAAUUAUUUAAACGAAAAGUAUUCGUCGAUAUAUGGCCAGUCAAUUUUAUCUUUCCCGAAACAUCGACUCAGUUUGAUGUUACAUGUUUGUACAUGUUACAAUUAGCCACUAUUUUACAUAUGGUCAAACCAUGGAAAACUCGGGCCACAUUACGUGUUUUUCUAUGUAUCGAUGCUAUUAAUGACAAUUCAUUACGCACUCAACAGCGUUUAGAUGAACUACUAAGACAAUUGAGAAUAAAUGCUCAAACCCGAAUGAUUGCUUGGGAAAAUGUGACGAGUUUACGUACAAACAGCACGACACAAUCUACCACAACGACUAAUACAUCUGAUGCUGCUACAUUGCCCUUCGAUAUUCCACACCAAAAUCAGCCAACUCAAUCUUCUUCUUCUACCGAAUCUAUUACUCAAUCUUUUAUUGAUACUCCCGAUUCUUAUAUUCGCGGUAUCAAUGAACUUAUCCGACAACAAUGCGAUAAUACAUCAUGUUUGUUUAUGUAUCUACCUAAACCACCUCACGAUAAAACACUAGCACAACGAUAUAUUCGUUGUUUAGAUUUAUUAUCGAACGAUUUACCACCCGUACUAUUCGUUCACGGAAUUCUAAUGUCUACUGGUGAUCAAAAAUCAUUUAUUUACAAUAAUCAAUGGGCCAUGGUUACCACUCACGGUACCAUUCUUCCAUCUGAGUGUUCGAAACGUCAAGAAUAUGAAGAAACUUUAUCGACAACACAUUUACCUGACAUGGUAUUCGAUAAAACCACAUUAACAGUAACAUAUUUAAAAAGUAAUUUAAAACUUUCAUUUAAUGUUUAUGACGCAUUGAAAUCCAUUGAUAUGCAUACCAGUGAUGAAAAUAUUCCCAAAGUAUCAAUGAGUCAAACAUGGAUCGAUGCUCGUCGUGAACAAAAACAAGAUUUAGAUUAUGUGAAACCGUACGAUUGGACAUACACGACAAAAUAUCGUGGAACAUUAAUCAAUAAUGAUCAACAACAACAACAAUGGCACCUAGAGAGUACAGAACAACCGCUGAAUUUAGAAAAAUUGAAAGAACAAGAAAAGAUAUUAUUCUAUGACGAAUUGACAUUGUACGAAGAUGAACUGGCUGACAAUGGUAUAUCCAAUUUAUCGUGUAAAAUCCGAUGUAUGCCAAGUGGUUAUUUUAUAUUGUUAAGAUUUUAUAUGAGAGUUGACGGAGUAAUGAUUCGAUGUAACGAUACACGAUAUCAUUAUGAAAUGGAAAACGAUUAUAUUUUACGAGAAUAUAUUGAGAGAGAAUCAGAAAUAAAAAAUUUAGAUUCUCAGGUACAAUAUACAACGGAUGUUAAUCAGAUUAUUCCUUAUUUAAGUGUUAAACAACAUCAAUUAGAAAGACUGUAUUUUAGAAAUAAAUAA